AUGUUCACUCCGCAGCAAGUCAAGCAGUUCAAGGAGGCGUUCAACAUGAUUGACCAGGACGGCGACGGACAGGUCACAGAGCCGGACCUGCGUGCCAUGCUGUCCAACCUUGGCCAGACCCCGACGGCCCCCCUCCUCGACCAGCUCCUCACCUCGCGCCCCGGCCGCACCACCGGCCCCGCGGACGGCGGCAUCAACUUCACCCAGUUCCUCGCCAUGAUGGGCGAGCGUCUUCUGCACCUCGACCCGGAACACGACCUCCUCGAGGCCUUUGCCUGCUUUGACGACGGAGACAAGGGAUGGGUCGACGUCAAGGAGGUCAGGAAGUACCUCGCCGAAAUGGGUGACCGCAUGGACGAGGACGAGAUUGACCGUCUGUUCAAGGGCCCGUUCACGGACCGCCAAGGCCGCUUCAACUACAUCGAGUGGGCCAAGGUGCUGCGCGUCAGCGACGGCGAGGCUGAGCGCGAAGACACGCUGGCGUUCUAG